AUGUCCACCAUUGCCUCCCCGCGGGACCCCUCCACCCCCCUCCGCCGCACCCACUCCGGCAUGAACACACCAACAUCAACCUCCGCCCGCCCCUCCAUCGACUCCCUCCACCCAGGCCCCCUCGCCUCCCCCCAACCGCCACACACUCCUCCCCCGCCGAACCAAGCCUCCGCCGCCUCCUCGAAGCGCAACCGGACCGCUCUACGCGAGUACUAUAACCUUCGACGCGCGGCCGGGACGCCCAACACCGUGCCUAACGAGGAUUCGAAGACGUCUGAGGUGCCGCCGUCCGAGAUCGACGCGGAAGGGUUCGACGCGAAGGUGUGGGUGGACAAGAAGUUGGCCGAGUGUGGGCUGGAGGAGUUGUUGAGGUUGUACACGAGGGUGUUGGGGGAGGUGCGGGCGUUGGAUGCCGAGAAGAAGGCGUUAGUUUAUGAUAAUUAUAGCAAGCUUAUUGCGGCGACGGAGACGAUCCGGAAGAUGCGCGAUAACAUGGAUCCUCUUACGCCCAUGGCUUCAAUGCUCGAUCCCAAGAUUGCCCAAAUCUACACACAAGCGUCGGAGAUUCGAGACAAGUUACGGAUGUCGGUGCCGAAACCUGCCGACGGUGUUCCGCUGGAUGAAGAGUCGAUUCGCCGCAGGGAGAGGACGCGACAACUCGCCGCCGAGGUGGUCGCGUUGCCUCCAAAAUUACGCGCUCUCAUCGAGGAGGGGAGGGCGGAAGAGGCGAGGAAGGCCUGGGAGAUGCCGAGGCGGUUACUACAGGUAUGGGCGGAGAAGGGGCUGGGCGGUGAUGAUGUGGGUAAGUUGCUCGAGGAGGGCGAUGCGAUUGUCGGGUGGAGCGGCAGCGAUGAAGAGAGCAGCAGCGCAGCAAGCUCUCAAGGUAGCUCAUGA